AUGCUUUAUUUGGUACUUUCCAAGUUCUUUCUAGUGAUUAGUACACUGAAAAAAAGGACUCAGUGCUUGGUUAAACUUCUUGAAUACAAGCAAGAUCUUUGUGUUUAUGGACCAAUACCUGAUGGUGCUGAUGCAGUUGUUCAAGUAGAGGACACUGAACUAAUAAAAAGUGCUUCAGCUGAAUCGAAUCGAGUAAGAAUAUUGGUACAGACUAGCCAAGGAGUUGAUAUUCGUCCGGUGGGAUUUGACAUCAAGAAAGAUGCUGUAGUACUGAAAUCUGGAGAAAAAAUAGGCGCUGCAGAAAUUGGACUACUUGCCACCAUGGGUGUAAUGACAGUGAAGGUAUAUCCUACUCCAACAAUUGCCGUGCUUUCCACAGGAGACGAACUAGUAGAGCCAACAGUUGGGUGUUUGAAUUAUGGUCAGAUAAGGGACUCGAACCGCGCCAUGAUCCUUUCUGCUGCCACACAGCAGCAGUGCAAAGUUCUUGACCUUGGUAUUGCUCGUGAUGAUAAAAAAGAGAUUGAGAGGGUUUUGGAUGAUGCUUUCUCUGCUGGAAUUGAUAUUCUUUUAACUUCUGGAGGUGUUUCAAUGGGAGACAAAGACUUUGUCAAGCCUAUUCUUCAAAAGAGAGGAAAAGUACAUUUUGAAAAGAUUUGCUUGAAACCCGGAAAGCCUCUUACAUUUGCUGAGAUCAUUACAGAAUCGGCUGACAACAAGAUUCUUGCAUUUGGGUUGCCUGGAAAUCCAGUGAGCUGUUUAGUCUGUUUCCAUCUGUUUGUGGUCCCUAGCAUUCACUAUCUUGCCGGAUGGGAAGAUCCUCACCUUACAAGAGUGCAAGCUCGCCUUCAGCAGUCCCUGAAGACUGAUCCAUUUCGUCCUGAAUAUCAUCGUGCCAUUAUUAGAUGGGAGGUCGAUGAUGGAUUGGGAAUUCCAGGAUUUGUUGCUGAGAGCACUGGUCAUCAGAUGAGUAGUCGACUUUUAAGUAUGAAGUCAGCAAAUGCAUUGUUGGAACUGCCAGCUACAGGCAGUGUAAUAUCUGCUGGAACAUCUGUGACAGCCAUCAUAAUUUCUUGUUUGAGUGGUUUCAAUGUGACCAAAAGCUUGUUAUCGCUUGAUUCGAAUUGUGCUACACAAGGAAGGAUGUCACAAGAUGUAAUUGCAGAUGAGUCUCAGGAUCCUAAGUUUAGAGUGGCCAUUCUCACAGUGAGUGAUACUGUUGCAUCUGGAGCCGGGCCCGAUCGGAGUGGUCCAAGGGCAGUUGCCGUCGUAGAUUCUUCGUCAGAAAGACUAGGAGGAGCAAAGGUAGUGGCCACGGCUGUUGUCUCAGAUGAGGUCCCUAAAAUAAAGGAAAUUCUGAAGAGAUGGAGUGAUGUUGACAAAAUGGAUCUCAUUCUUACCCUUGGUGGUACUGGCUUUACCCCAAGAGAUGUUACCCCUGAAGCAACCAAAGAAUUAAUACAGAAAGAAACUCCUGGUCUUCUCCAUGUGAUGAUGCAAGAGAGUCUGAAGGUGACACCAUUUGCGAUGCUCUCACGCUCUGCAGCUGGAAUAAGAGGAUCCACAUUGAUCAUCAACAUGCCGGGGAAUCCAAAUGCGGUUGCUGAGUGUAUGGAUGCUUUGCUGCCUGCCCUUAAGCAUGCGUUGAAGCAGAUAAAGGGGGACAAGAGAGAGAAGCAUCCUCGACAUGUUCCUCAUGCACAAGCUACUCCAACGGAUACCUGGGAGCAUAGUCAUAAGUUGGCUAAAAGUGGGGAGAAAGAACCUGGUUGUUCUUGUUCACAUUAG